GUCACGUACCGACUACUUCCUCUCGUGGAAGGAAAACUGAAAACAACUCUAGACGUGACGUGGCGGAACAGGUUUUGCAGUUAGGUCGGACGCCUUUUGCUAGUCACCGGUUCCAAUGCUCGACCGAGUAGAACCGCUGAGGAUCUAAGUUGAAAACUUCGAUCAGUCCUAAAGAAGAGUUGACUCCAGCCAAACAAUGAGGAGCAAAGAGAAGAAACAGUGAGUGACUUCCUCAAAGAAGCAGGUGACUAGAAUGAAAGAAUUGACCAAUUACUAGCGAAAGGAAACGGGGACCAGAUGAUCAUUGCGCAACAAAGAGAGGAUGUUGCUGCGCGCUACGUUGUAUGUUGUACUGUUAGGGUCCAGGUUGCUACUUGGCGUCAACAUUUCUGAUGAAUGUUUCAUUUCGGUCGGACUUAUCGAAAUACCCGAGGAUAUGUCAGUCGGUAGCACGGUGGUGCGACUGAGACAUUGUCUUGUCGCCAGCGGCGUGAGUUCUACAGAAGACGACAACGGAGCGUUUUGGUCAAUGAACAUCACCACAGGGGACGAUUCGAGGCGGUUUGGGGUUGGUGAUGAGGACGUAAAGUUGAUCGUGGCGGCUCCGCUGGACCACAAGGUGCAACCGCAGUACAACCUGACGGUGGAGCUGACAAACACCGGGGACAAGAACGUUCUCUACGUUACCCUUGUCAUCGUAGUGACAGACGUACCGGGAUACCCGCCAUUCUAUAACAAACGGUGCGAAACACCCGUCCUUCCGGACAUAGAGAGAAAUGGUUAUCAUACUCUUGUCAGUAGUGACGGAUUUUAUGCUUCAAUUAACGGAGAAGAAAUUACGUCGUAUGGCGACUAUCUUCAGAACUUUUUACCGAGGCACUUCUGGGCUAACUUUAUCUUGAAAGGCGAUUGUUCCUUACAAUUCGCUGUUAGCUUGAGAGAAUUAGGUAGUGAUCUGGAAUUAAUUGCCCCAGUGCUUAAAGAGCAAGGUAGGGUCGAACUCAAAUGUUAUGACCAAGAGUGGAAGAGCAAAGGGAAGAUCACAGCAGCUUAUAUCUCUCACAAGGACGACCUGCCCCGAUGGGUAUUUAGUAGUCAGUUCCGUAAUGAAGAAGGUGCUCAGUUCUUCUUUGCUGUAGAGUUGAAUGAGACAUGGACCACAUCAUCAUACUGGCUACGAUGUGGCGCUAACGUCCCAUUGUUCGGGGGACCAGUGCUGUUCGAGUGGACAUUUGAGUACAACAUUACAGGAUGUCCCAAGGGCCGGUUCGGUUUGUACUGUGACAAGGACUGUAAUUGCGAGAACGGAGCUCGUUGUCAUGGCUUUAACGGUGCCUGUGAGUGCCGUCCGGGCUGGAGAGGAAGGGCCUGUGAUAUACCCUGGCCUGAGGUCGUCAUUUAG